GCAGGUCCGCUGGGCUGCUGCUCCUCCUGGAUAAAUAGCUGGAGCUGGAGAGCUGUGCUAUUUUAAGCGGCUGUCAGGCUGCCGGGGUAAUUCCUGUCACUCUGUGAGGCAGGGCUCCUUCUCAGGCACAGCCGCUCCAUUACUCCAACACGAUCAACACCGAGACCUGCUCACCUGAAACCGGCCCAGCUCCAGAAACAGACCUCAAACUUUAGACUUUAGAGGAGAAAUUUCCCACCAAACUAAACAGAGUUUUAUCUGAGGAGUGUGGAGUUCAGGAAGAACAGCGAGUAGUGAAUCCAGUCCAGAGGGAAUAAGAAACAUAAACAUGGGGGACGAGCCAGUGAGCACGGAGCUCUCCGAGCCGAUGGAGGAGGACGCUCAGACCAGCGGAGCGGAUAAGAUCGACAUGUCGUUAGACGAGAUCAUCAAGUUGAAUAAAAAAGAGCAGCAAGAGAAAAGAGCCGCGAUCAGGGCAAGAAACAAACGAGCGGCAAACAAGAAUAACGUCCUGAAGAAGCUGAACCAGACUCCACAGGCGCGGCGAGGCCUCAGACGAGGAGCUCUGCAGUACCAGGGGUCCUUCAGGUCACGUGGGCUGAACCGAGCCAGAGGUGUGGGCAGGAGAGGGUCACUGAGGGGGAGUGGCCAGAGUCCUCUAAACAGAGCCUCUGCAAGCACAGCGAGAGAAGAGCUGCUGGAUCAGAGCACGGUUCCACAGCAAGGCACAUUCCGAGGGCGAGGAAGAGGAAGGGGAAGGGGAAGAGGAAGAGGAGGACUGAACAGGAGUGCAUUUUCAGCAAGCACUCAGAGAACUCCUCAGAGAGGUGGCAGACCGUUCACAUUAGACAGAGGGUUCACAGCCACAAGAGGCACUGGCAAAGUGGAAAGAUAUCAUAAGAACAUAAGAAGUCCAUCAACUUCAGCAUCUUCUCCAGGAUCCACACUGACUGUAUCACUGCCCAAUGCACAUUCUGCAACUGAAACUCAGGUGAGGCCUAGGCGGGGUGGUGUACUACUACGAGGCAGGUCAUCUGAAGCAGCAGGAGGCUCUUUGCCCAAAGGCAUCCAACUACACUUCAAUUACAAAGCCACAACCAACCAGACUGGACUAUCCCUGAAUGACCGAUUCACAAGCCUGAGGUUUAGUGGGCGAGGUCCAAGAGCUGAGAGAGGAAGUGGGCGUGGUCGAGGGCGGGGCAGAGGAACAGGAGAAAUUAGAGGCAGAGGAAGAGGAGAAAUUAGAGGCAGAGGAGACAUUAGAGGUAGAGGAAGAGGAGGAGGAAGAGGCAUGAUGAGGGGCGGGAUGACCAUGACAAGAGGAGGAAGAGGCAGAGGAAGAGGAGGAAGAAUGGUUGGAAGAGGAACUCGUGGAGCCCGUGGAGCGAGAAGGGCAGGACGAAUGGUCAUUCUUCAAUGAUUCUCACAACAAAGAUUUUUCCAAUGCAAGGCCAUGUGUAGGCUAUAGAAUAGGCAGUUUGUUCUAUUUCUGUACCGUCCUUUUGAACCUUUUUAUUUAAGAUUGUUCUGAAAAAACUGUUUUAAAAUAACCACCAAAUUCGUGAAUCCAGAGUGACCAUAUACAUGUGCUGGAAAAUCUGAUAACUGAGCUAGAAUCCAGCUCUCUUUAUUUGAUUCUGUAUUUUAUUAAGGCCUAAAAAUCAGUAUGCUGUUUACAUGACCACUUGAAUAAUCAGAUAGAGUUUGAAAUCUAAGUAUGAUUGGUUAAUUGAGUGCAUGUAAACAAGCUCAGUGACUGGAGUGAGGUGUAACAAACUCAUUUGUGUUUUUAGCCUUAAUUUUUAGCCAUGGAAACAGUUUUUUUAAGCUAUUUAUACUUAGAAAUUAAUCAAUGUUUUAAAAAUUAGAAUGUUUUAAAUACACAUCAAAAUACAAUGAAGUGCCUCUGAAUAUAUUGUAAAUAUGUUUGUAUUUGUUUACAUGGUUUACAUUUGGACAAAACCAAUAAGAAAAAGUGUUUUUAAAACCUUAGAAAAACUGUACAUUUGCUAAAUUGUGUGGCAUAAAGCCAGACCAACAAGCCAUAUUAAAUUAAUUCUUUCGAAACUA